ACUGAGGAACAUGUCUUUAGAAGUUGAUGUUGGGUCAAAGCUGUUUUUCGAGGGUUACCUAAAGAAAAGGAAAGAUAAAAUGAAAAUCAGAUGGGUGACCUAUUGGUUUAGGCUUCAUAACACAACGCUUUUCUUUUACUCUAAGAAAGAGGGACGUGCUACAAAUCUAAAAGGACAGUAUUACAUAUAUACAGUACAGUCUGUGCGCGAAGUGACUGAUGGCAAACGGCACACAUUCGAGAUCACCAUGAAAAAUGGGAAGAGGAAAGUGUUGGCAGCAGACACAGCUGAAUUAAGAUGGGAGUGGGUCAGGCAGCUGUGGAAGUCCAUGCAGUUAUCUGGUUCUGGGCGGUCUCUGAGUGUCUGUCCGCGGCCCAAAGGAACUGACCAGAAGGCACGAUCCAACUCCAGCCCAUGCACCUCUGACAUGCUGGUCACAAAGCUGGUGGAGGGCACAGGUCAGCCCUCCCAUGGGCCUUCUGGCCCGGACGAUGGCGUCUACACCAACUGGCUCAGCUCCCACAGACCAAACCCCACAGACAACACAACAUUUAGUGGAGUUGACACAUACAGUCAAGUAACAUUCAAGACAGAAUACAAUCAGAUCCAAGAGCGCAAGCAGAAACAUGAAGACAUUCUUUAUGACGUACUGCCACCAGCCAGGAAAUCUAUGCCGUUGAUUGAAAACAUUUAUGACACCCCAACACCCUACAGGAGGGUCAGUGGACAACAGCAACCCCACACAGAGGUCACAGACGGCAUCUAUGAUGUCCCAAAGUCCCUGCUGAGUAAGAUGUCUGAGCACACUCUGGAAAGCUGAGCUGGAGAUCGCCAGCAGGAGGCCCCAGCGCUCCGAGUCGCCCAGUAACACAUGACUCAGUGUCAGAUCAUCCAGCAGAUGUCGAGAGGAGGACAGUCAGGGGUUGAGGACUACACCUACUGUUAUCACAGGCCAAAAGAUGCUUUCAAGAGGAUGUUUUUUUUAAUAUCAUUACUUACAGUUACACUUAAGCGGAUUAUUUCAUUUAAAGAGAAAAUUGUUCCAUUCCCUGUGAUGUCAUCCUACCUUGACCCUCGUCAUUCUGUGUUCAUUACAUUUAUAGUCCAUAUAAACAGUAUUAUUGUUCUGUUUUUGGUUGGUUUGUUUGUUUGUUUUUUCAGUGGGUAUAGUUUUGCUUCUAUUUACAUGCUAUUGUUUUUUUUCUUAAAAGGUUUUUAUUUUAAGAAGCCUAAAAACAGGAGGCUUUUAGUUGGAAUUCUAUAACCUCAUAAUGUAAAUAUGGAAGCUCAUUCAUCCGGGACAAAAAUGAUAGU